CGAAUCCCAAAAAAGCAUUACCUCAAUCCAUUUCCUCAUCGACGUCCCUCCCUUCUCUUCCUCUUCCUAGCCGGGAAACCCUAAAUCACGCCGGCGAGAUGACGACGUACGGCACGAUUCCGGCGUCCUCGCAGCCGUCGGACUUCCAGUACAUCUCCCGGGCGAAGGAGCGCAUCAAGGCGGGCCUGGGGGCCCGCCGCCCGUGGAGGCAGAUGGCCGACGUCCGCGCGAUACGGCUCCCGUCGAGCUUCUCGGACGCCGUCUCCCGGUGCCGGACCAACAUCGGCUAUUUCCGCAUGAACUACGCCAUCAUCAUGCUGCUCAUCCUCUUCCUCAGCCUCCUCUGGCACCCGAUCUCGCUCAUCGUGUUCAUCGUCAUGAUGGCCGCGUGGCUCUUCCUCUACUUCCUGAGGGACGAGCCGCUGGUCAUCUUCCACCGCACGAUCGACGACCGGGUCGUGCUGAUCAUCCUCUCCAUCCUCACUAUCGUCUUCCUCUUCCUCACCAACGCGACUUGGAACAUAAUCGCGGCGCUCCUGAUCGGAGCGGCGGUGGUCCUCCUCCACUCCGUGUUCAGGAAGACGGACGAUCUCACGAUGGACGAGGAGGCGGCCGGGUUGAUGUCCGGCGUAGGCGUGCCGAUCGGAGCUGCCUCAUCUUCAUCUUAAGUCCCGGGUUUUUUUCCUUUCUCCCCUCUGUUUCUUCCACGGUGGGUUGUACCCAUUGAAAUUUAAAGCUUCAAUUUUUAGGUUUUUUUAUUUCCUAAAAGAAAAAACAGUGAGAAUUAGAAAAUCAGAACGAGAUUUCGAUUGAAGUUCUUCCCAUUGUUGAUUUUUCUGAGAUUUCGAGUGUAUAAUUAUCGUAUGCCAAUGGACUUGUGGUCGACAAGCUCUUGCAUUUUCUUGGUGCUGGAGACUCACCGGUGCGGUUUGAUUGAUCAA